AGUGGAGCAGUUCGGUUCGGUUUGGUGCGGUGCAGUUGGUUUUGCUUCGUUGAUUUACUGCCAAAUGCGAGAUUAAAUAACUAUCAACAAUUUAAAUAAAUAAAUGUAACUUAUUUUGUGGCUUUUCUUUUAAAUGACUGUAUUAGUUUAACGAGCCACUUAAUAAAUCACGCUGCAGUGUGUGCCGAGAAAUAAAAAGUGAACUUGAAGGGUGAAACUGUUUGUGGUGAGAAAAAUUGCUAUUGCAUUCAUCAGUGUUUGCCAGCAUCCGCAGUACAAAUUAUCGAUUAUGGGCAAUUUGAAUUCUGCGAAUGCCGGCUCAUUGGAUAUUAGUUCGCUUGCAGGAGAAAACCAAAAUCACAAUCACAGGCGCAGCUAUAAUGUCACCGAUCAAGUGAGCGACGAUGAAGCCCCCAAUAGUUAUAGCAAUAACCCCAACAACACCAAUGGCAAUGUCAACGGCAACGGCAGCAUAACAAUCACACUCAAUAAUGGCCUGAACAACGACACUGACAAUCCGAAUGCGAAUGGUGUUGCAGCACCCGCCAGCGGUGUAGCAAAAGUGCAACGCUCAUAUGAGCCACGCGAAAAACGCAUCAUCACAAAGAAUGUCAUCGUUAUAGGCCUAGCAUUUAUGAUACACUUCACAGCAUUCCAUGGCACUUCGAAUUUGCAGAGCUCAGUGAAUUCAGACAAAGCGCUGGGCACAACAACACUCGCCGUAAUUUAUGGAUCGCUGAUUUUAUCGAAUGUAUUUCUGCCGAUGACAGUUAUAAGGUGGUUUGGCUGUCAUCUAACUAUGGCCUUAGCAUUCUUUGCUUACAUGCCUUUUAUUGCUGCGCAGUUCUAUCCGCGUUUCGAGACUCUGAUACCAGCUGGUCUGAUGGUUGGUUUUGGUGGAGGCCCUCUAUGGUGCGCAAAAUGCACUUACCUCUCCACAGUUGCGGAGGCAUUGACUCAAGUGCGAGGUAAUCGAUCGCGUAAAGAUGUGAAUACAGUGAAAUUCUUUGGCCUAUUCUUUAUUUUCUACCAAAUGGCGCAAGUCUGGGGAAAUUUGAUAUCGUCUUCAGUAUUAUCCUUCACCUCAUCGGAUAUCGCAGAGAUGAAUGCGACGUUCGUGACACCCGCACCCGCACAAAGUCGCGUGGGUGAAUUGUGCGGUGCACGUUUCUGCCCCGGCAUUGGCGCUGAGGCUAACCCGAAUUUAACGCCACCCGAACCGGCGAAAAUCCAACUACUUAACUCGAUUUUCCUCGUUUGUAUGGCUUUAGCUGUGAUACUAAUGCUUUUCGGCGUCAACUCUUUGAAACGUUAUGGCGUGCGUCGUACGGACUCUGGCGAUGGCAUGUCCGGUUUGCGCCUGAUUACUGUGACCCUCAAUUUAUUACGCAAACGUCGCCAAUUGCUCAUAUUACCCAUUACAAUGUUCAUUGGGUUGGAGGAAUCAUUCCUAGCUGUGGAUUAUACACGCUCGUUUGUUGCUUGUGGCUGGGGUAUUUCGAAAAUUGGCUUUGCAAUGAUUUGCUUUGGCGUGGCCAAUGCCAUUGCGGCUGGUAUUGCUGGCGCUCUGGUCGAAAGAUUGGGGCGCAUCACUUUGUUCGUCGCUUGCGCGCUUUUGAAUAUUUCCCUCUUCGUUUACAUGUUUUUAUAUGAGGCACGCGAAGGAGAUUAUGUGAAAUAUUGCGCAUUCGCAGCCAUUUGGGGUAUUUGCGAUGGUGUGUGGUUGGUCGUGGUGAAUGCUUUUUAUGGUAUUCUUUUUCCGAACCAUCUCAUCGCCGGCUACAGUAACUUCCGUUUGUGGGAAUCAACUGGUUCUGUUAUUGGCUACAUAAUAAGUUCACAGUUGUGCACAUCGACCAAACUAAUAAUACUGCUGUGUGUCUUGGGUAUUGGAAGUGCAGGUUACGGCGUUACCGAGUACCGUCUGCGAAAGAAACAAAAAGCGCUGGAACUUAUGUUGAGUGAUUGAUGGAGCAGCUUUACGUAUCCUUUAAUGUAUUAUGUAUUUGUAUUUUAGUAAUAAGUAAAAGAGAUUAAAGAUUAGUAAUAAAAAGAGAUUGUAUUUAAAAGCA